AAAGUCUUGUGAUCGAACAACUGACCAUAGAAAAAUAAAGAAUUUACUCGAGUGCACUUGUUAAAGUUGUAUAAAAAAACGCCUAUUUAGGCGAAUUAUUUAACUUAAAUAUAAAUUUAUUUUGCAAUAAAUAACAAUGGCAGAUCGCGCGAAUAUUAAUCAAAUAAUUCCAGCUUUGCCUGAAGAAAAACAUGAUAUGUUAGCAGCCACUAGUGUUCUUCAGCAGCAGGUUGCUGAUAUCAGGAGCCAAAAAAUAAACUGGCAGUCAUAUAAUCAAUCACAAAUGAUCUCCCAAGAAGACUAUGAUUUUAUCGUUGGCUUUGACACCAAUGACCCAGCGGUAAGAGAUGCAAAAUUGAAACAAAACCCCAGCCAAGCAGCCAAGACUUUCUUGAAUUUGCUCAGCCACAUCUCCAAGGAUCAAACUAUACAAUAUAUCCUUGUCAUGAUUGAUGACAUGCUUCAAGAAGAUCGCAGUCGUGUGGAAAUAUUCCGCGAGCACGCAAGCCGUAAACGCGAAUCAGUCUGGUCGCCAUUUUUGAAUUUGCUGAAUCGCCAGGAUGGAUUUAUCAUGAACAUGACAUCCCGUAUAAUUGCAAAACUCGCGUGCUGGAGUCACGCUCAGAUGGAAAGCGCUGAUCUACACUUUUAUCUAACCUGGCUUAAAGAUCAGUUGAAAUUGAGCUCUGAUGCCGUGCAGGAGUCACACGUGUAUGCCGAGGUGGUGCAAGACGUCGUACCCACUGAGCCCGGAGAGGCGACCGACCUCCAAGAAAUGCCCAGCCCGCAGAACAACGAGUACAUACAGUCGGUUGCAAGAUGUCUCCAAAUGAUGCUGCGUGUUGAUGAGUAUCGUUUCGCAUUCAUUUCCGUCGACGGAAUUUCAACUCUCCUCAGUGUUUUAUCUGGACGCGUCAACUUCCAAGUUCAAUAUCAACUUAUUUUUUGCUUGUGGGUCCUUACCUUCAAUCCACUUCUUGCUGAGAAAAUGAACAAGUUCAAUGUGAUUCCGAUACUGGCUGAUAUCCUCAGCGAUUCUGUUAAAGAAAAAGUAACUCGUAUAAUUCUCGCUGUAUUCAGAAACUUGAUUGAAAAAGUUGGAGACAGACAAGUAGCAAAAGAGCACUGCAUCGCUAUGGUCCAGUGCAAAGUCUUGAAGCAACUGUCGAUUUUGUGCCAACGUAAAUUUGACGACGAGGACAUUACAGAAGACAUUGAGUUUCUCAACGACAAACUCCAGGCUUCUGUUCAGGACCUGAGCUCAUUUGAUGAGUACUCAACUCAGGUGAAGUCCGGGCGGUUGGAAUGGUCACCGGUCCACAAGUCAUCAAAAUUCUGGCGCGAAAACGCCAGCAGGUUGAACGAAAAAAAUUACGAGUUACUCCGUAUCCUCGUUCACUUGCUGGAGACCAGCAAAGACCCAUUGGUAUUGAGUGUCGCUUCCUUUGAUAUCGGGGAAUAUGUCAGACAUUACCCACGUGGAAAGCAUGUUAUUGAGCAAUUGGGCGGUAAACAACGCGUGAUGCAACUACUGAGUCACGAAGAUCCUAAUGUACGAUAUGAGGCUUUGAUUGCUGUUCAAAAGCUCAUGGUUCACAACUGUCAGUCAAUGAAAUUUUUAGACUUAUUUACGCGCGAUAAAGAAUCGUCCUGAUAAAUAAAAAUAAAAAAAUAAUAAUUAUAAAUAAAUAAUUAAAAAAAAAAAAUGACUUUACACAAUUGUACCACGAGGAUAUUUUAUAAAAUCACACUGGGCCUAGUUAAUAGGCCAUGUAUAAUAAACCAACUUAUUUAUUAUUUUUUUAACGAAUAAACUAAAUAAAUUGACAUUUA